AUGUAUUUUUCUUUGGUUAAACUUCAAAUAACAGAUACAGAUAUUAAUUUAUCAAUAAGACCAUCAGAUAUAUUAGAGAUAGAUAAUUCUACAAUAAAACGUCCACAUGUUACGAUAUUAGGUGCACUAAUAAAUAGUGAACAUAUAAAAAUACUUCAAAAUAUUAGUAUACAUUCAAAUAAAGAUCUAUAUUUUUCAUCACAAUCAUUUAUUCUUAAUUCAAAUCCAUUAUUAACAAUAUUAGAUUUAUGUGAAGUUGGUUAUAUAUCAAAUGCAAAAGUAAUUAUAGUUGAUCAUCUUACUGAUGAUGAUAAUGAUUUAACAUUAAAUGCUAUUUCAUAUGUAUCAGAUUUUUAUCAUAUACCUGUUAUAACAAUAACAUCAAGAGAAAAUAUUCUUUCAGAUAAAGCGUUACAUGAUUUUAUUAUACGAUUAGUACCACCAUAUUUCUAUGAAGCUGAUGCUUGGUUUAGUAUUAUUAAAAAAUUAAAAUAUACAAAAGUUGUAUUAAUUUAUAGUCAAGAAGAAGAAAGUCGAAUGGUUGCAUCAAGAUUUCAAAUGCUGACAUAUGAUUCAGAUGUUCAAAUUGAACGAAUGGAAGAAUAUGCUUCAAACACAAAUUUUACGGCAUUAAUUUUAAAUUUAAUAACUGAAGAUCGUUUAGCAGCAAGUGUUUUUAUUAUUCAUACAAGACAAAAGGAUACUGAUGAAUUAUUAUUAGCUAUUGUACGAUUACAAAAAUUCGAAAAUUUUGUUUGGAUUAUUAAUGAACGUGCAUUAAAAUCAAAUAGUUUAGCUCUUUUUGAUGGUCUUCUUGGUGUUAAAUUACACGAUUCAUUUAAUAAAGAAAAUCUUCUUAUUGAUGCAACUCAACUUAUUAUAAAUACAUUUCUUAAAUUUCUUAAUGAAUCAUCUUCACUUUGGUCAGAAAAUAUAUCUGUUAUUGAUUGUUCAUCAACAGAACCUUGGAAAUAUGGAAAAGAUGUUUAUAAAGCACUAGUUGAGACGAGUGUUGAAAAUGGUAAAACAGGUAAUAUUGCAUUUAAUGAAGAAGGUGAUCGUAUUGAAUCAUCAUAUGACAUAAUUAAUAUUCAACGUGGACAACCAAAAAUUGUUGGCAUUUAUCGUUCGAAUACAACCGGCAAAACAGAAUUAGAACUUCAUGAGGAAGAAAUUAUUUGGCCAAAUGGAUCAAAUCAAAAACCUGAUGGAAUUCGUACAAGACGAAAUGUUUCGAUUGUUACUAUUGUCGAAAAACCGUUUGUAUUUGUUCGUCCUGGUAAUAAUUGUAAGCCCUUAUCUGAAGUUUUUUGUCCACGUAAAAAACUUAAUGUUAAUGAAGAAAAUGAACAGUAUUGUUGCUUUGGUUAUUGCAUUGAUUUAUUACAAGAAUUAUCGAAAAAUCUUAGUUUUUUCUAUACACUACAUCUUGUUGCUGAUGGUAAAUAUGGAGCAUUUGAAAAAGAAGGAGAUGAUAAACAAAAACGUUGGAAUGGAAUGAUUGGUGAAUUAGUAAAUUAUCAAGCUGAUAUGAUUAUUGCUCCAUUAACAAUGAAUCCUGAACGUGCAGAAGAUAUUGAAUUUACGAAACCAUAUAAAUAUCAAGGCAUAACAAUUCUUACAAGAAAGGAUACAAAUAAAUCACAUUUAUCAUCAUUUUUACAACCAUUUAAAGAUGAAUUAUGGAUAAUGGUUUUAUUAUCUGUACAUAUUAUUGCUGUUGUUCUUUACUUACUUGAUCGUUUAUCACCAUUUGAUCGAUUUCGCUUUGUACAACAACAACGUGAUGAACAAUAUGAAAGAAAUCUAACAAUAGAAAAAGAUCCAAAAGAAGACAGACUUAAUUUAUCACAUGCACUUUGGUUUACAUGGGGAAUUUUAUUGAAUUCAGGAAUUGGAGAAGGUUAA